AUGGCGACUAAAGGUAUUGCGACAUCAUCUCUCGUUUCCGAUGGUAUCUACCCCCGUCAACCUUCGCCAGAAACAAUCGGAAUCUACCGCCUCAUGUCAGAGGUCUCACAUGGUCUCAGUGGGUGUCCAAAUUGCUCAUGCAAGAACGCCGUAUGCGAGUUCCAUUCGAAAGAUGAACCUUUGCUCUGCAAAGAAUCCGAGGUUGACUACGGGUUCCUUUCAGUCAAUACCUGGGAGCGCUGGCGACUGUUGAACUUCUAUUCCGAUCUCUUCGCAAAUCCGAAGUUUAAUCCGCAGAAGAUGCAAGAAGCAAAGCGAAAUCCAGAUGUACAGGCACUCGAAACAUAUAUCGAAUCCUUGGUUCCGGGGUUCCGCCGCGAAAUCUGGAAUGAACACCUGACGGAUGGAAUGUUUCCCAAACUUAACCCUCGAUUGAAAUUUUGGGGUAAUUAUCCGUCUUGCAAAUGCUUCAUUCAUAAACUUCCUGUUUCUGAGGGGUUGGACCAUCUCGUCAAUGCAGAAAUUGAUUGGAUCCGCGAGCAAUACGAGGAGAGGAAUAGAUAG